AGCUCAGAGACCCAACCCAAUAACACCGUAAAGUUGCAGACUAUCUCUAUAGAGAACUUCCGGAUCCAUAACGGCAAUGCAUUAUGAAUUGUAAAUUGCAUUUUGUUUAGCUGUUUAAGCUUGGAAGCAAAGCCAUAUUUUCUGAUCCCAAAAUCUCAAUGCCAAUUGAAAAUGGGUGAGAGAUCUGAUGUGAAAUGUUGAUGGCGAGUCAGUCGUGGGGCCGAAUCAAAGGGAAGAGACGUGAGCAGUGAGAGCAGCAUUACAUUACAGAGAAUGAGAGAAACAGAGAAAGCAGAACCCACUACUUCACAAAACCAGAAACCAAAGAAAAACCCUCAGUUGCAGCGGUCUGGGAAGAAACCCAAUUCCAAAAUUGCCCUAAAACCAAAACCCUCUACUGGUUGGGGCUUGACCUCUGGUUGUUGUCGCUCAGUUGAUUCGACAUCUGCUGUGUCUGUUAACGAUUUCAAGCACAAGAAGAAGAUGAUGGUUGAUGAUGUUGAUGAAUCAGCAUGUGUUCCUGUUUUGGGAUGUGAAUUUGAGUUUGAAUUUGAAUUUGAUGAUAAGCUUAUGAAAGAUGAUUCCACUGCAAUAGCAAUAGCAGCUACUACUACUACUACUACAACUCCUCCUGUUGAGGCCUCAGUCUCCCCAGAGAUUCAAUGUGGGUCAUCUUUGCUGGUGUCUUCAGCAACGCCUGCUUGUUACGGCGCUGGACAUAUUAUUUCUGGGGUGACUGAUAGGAGAAAAUGCAGAGCUAGAGGUUUACUUACUGUAGGAAAAAAUGAUUCUAAUUUUGGUAAAUCAAACAUUUCCAACAAUGCUGAUGAUGACAUUGAAAUUCCUAGUAAAUCGGGGAUGUCUUUGGCCCCUCUGCCCGUUGAAGCUUCAGUUCAUUGGCUCUUAUCUCCCUGUCACGACGAGGAUGGGGAUCACGAGACUGAUACUGAAAAUGGGUUGCAACCUCUUCGAAAAUCACUAGGCUUUGCCUCUGCCUCUUCACCUUUGUCGUCGGGUCACAGAAUUUCUUCUGACUUAUGCAACAUUUUUUAUAGUAGUAGCACUACUAGUGGAAGUUGUAGUAAGAGAAAAACUAGGGUUACUUUGCUUUCUCCCAGUGGAAAUCCUACAUUGUCAGUUUCUCCCCAUGCUACACCUACUUCUGAGGCGAUUAUCUCACAAGAGCAGAGGAAACCUAGAUAUGAUCUCUCUGGGGAAAAUUCACCAUUCUCCAUUGAAUCUUUGGGUAGUGGGAAUGUUAUUCAAACCCCACAAUCCGAUUUGAGCUCAGAUAGGCGUGUUGGACUGUUUUGGUUAAAUGAACAUGAUCAUCAAAUAAAUGAUUUUGGAUCUGGAAGGGAUUCUGUGGCUGGGAUUGCAAGUUUAUCUCCUAAGAACCAGACAUCAAUCUGGGAUCCUCUAGGAUUUAGUUUUCAGUUCUCUGACUUGAUUUCACCUUCCAAUUCCAUUGACUUUCCCCAACUCCCAAACACUGGGGAUAAUCAUGCUUCUUGCAUUUCUAUUUCUACUUUAGAGGAUAUAUCAUGCUCUCCGAUGAGGAUAUCAUGGAGGGACGGGUUAGUGAGUCGGAUUUUUGAGAUGGAUGAGUUCAAUUGCUGCAGAUGUUUGUCAGAUGAUGAGAAUGAUGUUAGGGAAUGCAGUAAUGGCAAGUCCAAAUCCAGUCCAAGUCAUGACUUGAAUAUUGAUGUAGGGAAUGCUGCAAUUCUUAGCAAUGGUUUUGAAUUUCCUGUAGUUGUUGGCCAUGAAUCAAAGUCUGAUGAAGAAGGAAAACAAAAAUUUCAUAUGCAAAGAUCCAACUCUUGUGCAGAGUCCAUAUGCAUUGAAGGUGGUGAAUUGGUUGCUUCAGGGGAUUCGGAUUGGACCGUGUGCUACAAAAACCAAUUGUUUCAAUUGUAACUGUUCUGUUGCCAUGUCAUUUUUUCUAUUAUUGUUUCUGGAGUAAGUUUGUCUUCCCUGCAAUAGACAUGGUCUUUUUUCAUAUUCAUGCUCUUUAGUAGUCAUGUAUUAAGAAUUUAACUGCCUACAA